AUGGCUCCGGCACCGUCCACCCCUCGGCGCACCGCGCGGGGCCGCCCCCGAGGCCGACCCAAGGGACCCAGCUCCGCGAGCGCGUCCCGUUCCAAACGAACAACCGGCGCUAGUGCCACCGGCGGCGCAGCAGCAGACGGUCCCUCAACAGAACCCCCACCCAAGCGACGCAGAUACAUCCCCGGCGGACCCGGCGGCGGCGGCCGGUUUGUCGACGAAGACGGCAUCGAGAUCCCCCCGGAGGCCUUAGGCACAUCGACUACCGCGUCGCGCCCACGAGCAUCAGCCGCGGCCAACCAAGCGACGAGGAAAACCACUCCAACAGUCUACCCGCGCCGAGAACGUAGCACGCGCAUCCGGACGGCCGUGAACCGCGACGAGCGAGAUGAUAUGCAAUACAGUUCUGCCGCGGCGGUCGCGGCGGCGGUGGUGCAGAGCGAAGGGUACAAGCCGCGCGAGGAGCGUGGGUGGGAGGAGUUUCAUCCGAAUCUGGAUAUUGAGGCUACGUUUGUGGUGUGGCAUGCCGAUGAGGUGGAUGGGAUUGUGAGGGCUGUUGCUGUGCCGUCUGCUUCGGCUACGGCUUCGGGUGGGAAUCAUCUGCAGGAGCAGGCGGUGGUGGGCAGUGGUGCGUCGGUGAAUGGGACGCCUGUUAGGGACACGGGCGCGCAUCUUACGGCCGCAGGAGGAGGAGCCGACGCGAGCGGGACGCCGAAUGGUGGUGGCGCGUCGGUGUCGGGUACUACGGCGGAUACCCCGACGCGACGGCGACUGGGCAGGCCAGCGCGGGAGUCGUUUUCGCUGUAUGCGACGCGGACGUUGGAUUUUGGUGGGGGCGGUGGUAGUGCAGGAGGCCACAAAGUGCCCAAGGUGCUGCCAAUCUCUGGGCAGACGUCCAAGGAGCGGCUGGACCUGAAGCAGCCGCAGUACCGCAAGACGAACCGGAUCGCGCUGUUUGAGAGCAAGACGUUUGGGCAGGCGCGGUAUGUCGACAAGUCGAUGAUGAAUGUCGGGUACCAGGAGAGCGACAACUUCAUUCGGCCGGAUCGCAACCUGAUUAAAGCCACCGAUGCGAAUAUGGAGGAGGAGGCGGAUCCGUAUGCUGUUGCUGCGGCCGCUGCUGGUGGCGGCACAUCGAAAGGCGAUGGCGAAGCUGUGGCUGGGACAGCAUCGGCACCGCACUACGGAACGGUGGGCCGCGUCGAGUACGACAUGGACGAGCAAGACGACAUGUGGCUCGAGAAACUCAACGCGCAGCGCAAGGCGACCGACCUCGACCCGAUCACGCGCGAGGUGUUUGAGAUCACCAUCACCAAGAUCGAGAAGGAGUGGCACGCGCUGGAGAAGCGGAUCCCCAAGCCGAACCCGAAGCCGCCGCAGACGCACCGGCCGCGUUCUAGUUCGGCUGCGGCGGUCAAUGGCGAGCCGCAGGCGGGCGAGGAGCAGGACAGCAAGUGCGCGAUUUGUGAUGAUGGCGACUGUGAGAACACGAAUGCGAUUGUGUUUUGCGAUGGGUGCGAUUUGGCGGUUCAUCAGGAGUGCUAUGGUGUGCCGUUUAUUCCGGAGGGGCAGUGGUUGUGUCGCAAGUGCCAGCUUAUUGGGCGGGGUAUUCCGACCUGCAUAUUCUGCCCGAAUACGGACGGUGCAUUCAAGCAGACCAACUCGUCCAAAUGGGCGCAUCUACUAUGCGCCAUGUGGAUUCCCGAGGUGUCCCUUGGCAACCACACGUUCAUGGAGCCCGUAAUGGAAGUCGAGAAGGUGCCCAAGACGCGAUGGCGACUCGCGUGCUACAUCUGCAACCAGCGAAUGGGCGCAUGCAUCCAGUGCUCCAACAAGAACUGCUACCAGGCCUUCCACGUCACGUGCGCGCGCCGCUGCCGGCUCUUCCUUAAGAUGAAGAACAGCCAGGGAGCGCUCGCCGUGCUGGACGGCACCUUGCCACUCAAGGCCUACUGCGACAAGCACUGCCCGCCUGACUACGCUGAGGAGCACGGUGUGGCCCAGGCCGCUCGGGAAGCUAAGCGCUUCUACAAGCGGACCAUGAAGGGCCGGCUCUGGGCCGACAGCCAGGCGUCGGCACUGCAGCUCGCCGCAACGCACCGCAAUGCGGUCACCGAACACCCGCCGGACGAAUCGCAGAUCACCGGCGCCAAUGUCUCGGCUGUGCUGGGUGGUAGUGCCGGCAACGGCAGUGGUGGUGGUGAUAAUAAGAAGAAGAACCAGCCGCCAAAGAACGUGUGGAAGCUGCCGUCGGGCGCGCCCAUCAUCCCGCAGGCGGUGUUCGACCUGGUCGAGAGCGCGUUGUCUCGGUUUCCGAUACGCAAGCGCAAGGACUUUGUGGGCGAGGCGUGCAAGUACUGGACGCUGAAGCGCGAGGCGCGUAGAGGUGCUGCGCUGCUCAAGCGGCUGCAGCUGCAGAUGGAGACGUUCUCGUCCAUGGAGCUGACGCGGCGCAACUUUGCGGCUAUGGGCCCGUCCGGCCGGGCCCGGCUGGACCGGCGCGUCGAGUUCUGCCGUGGGCUGGUGGACGAGCUGGACCGGCUUCGGGAGCUAUGCCAGUUGAUUGAGGAGCGGGAGCGAUUGAAGCUGGAGGCGGCUGAGCUGGAGGUCGGGAUGGUUGAUACAUGCUACUUUCCGGUGUUUCAGCAGCUGCAGCCGAUUCUGGACAAGGCUUUUAUCCUCGACAAGAACGUCUUCAAGCAGGGCUUCCAGGAACUUCAGGACAAGAUGGACCAGCGCUACUACGUCACGACCCUGUCGUUUGCCCAGGACCUCUCCCGGACCAUCAACAAGGGCAUCCACAAUCCCCCCGCCGCGGGCCCCGAUUCUCAGUCCGUUGAAGCUUCACAGAUUAAGCACGCCAACUAUGCUGAGACAGCCGCCCGCAAGCGCCUAGGCAAGCGCAUCUUGAAAGCCCUGCAAGUCCAAUUGGAGACCUCCCUUAAAGCCGAGGCCGAGAUCCUCCACCGACCAUAUGACGCCCUCCGUGAAGAGCUCGAGGGCAUUCUCGAGGCCAGCUUUGAUGCCCGCCAGCCGUCUACUCAGAGUAUCACGGUGUCGGGCGUCGGAUCCCCGGCUCACGAGGGUCAAGAACAGGACCGGGAGCAGGACGAAGACGCGGAGAAUGGGGACGUUGACAUGGUCGACGCCCCGGCCGAGGGCCAAAUCAUUGUCGCUGAUCAUAACCACGGCGAUGAAGACGCCGAAGGCGAGCUCGACGAUGCGAUGGAUGGCGCUAAUAUCGAGGUUGGCGGGUACAGCGAGCACGAGCACGAUGAGGGGGAUCACAAACCUAACGGCGUGCUCUCCGCUGCGCCCUCUGUCGCCGGCGACUCGCAUAAACCGAACGGUUUCCUCAAAGCGUCCAACUCUCCGCCUUCCCUACCCGACGCCAGUUUCACCACAAGAUCCAACAACAAUAAUAACAACCCCAACGCCCAACCUCUCACCCCCCCACGCUCCAACACCGGCUCCGCAUCCGCCAUCGCCUUCAACCCCCACCUCCCUCUAUCCACCAACCCCUCCAUCACCACAACCACCGCUACGGGUAUCACCACCACCCUCACCGACGCCGGCACCUCUACCACCAACAACCGCCGUCGUCCCACCACAGCCAACAGCGCCACCAGCGGGACCAGCAAGACUGGCAGUAAAAUCAGCAAGACGGGUAAGACCGGCCAGGGUAACUUCCUCACCCACGGCGGCGUGCCGUGGUAUCUGGCCGGGUUUGCGCUGCGCGGGACAACGGCUGUGCAAGAGCAGUGGAUUCCUGGGCGGGAUGCUGUGCGGAGCCUUAGUGAGGAAUUGACGGAUAUGGAUGAGGAGGCGUUGAGGGAUUUGGGGGUAGAUGUUGAUGGGGACGCUGAGGAAGAAAAAACCAUCACCAUCGCCAGCCGCGCGAGCAAUAACACCAACGCCACCAAACCCGAUCGCCUAGCGGACGGGGUCGGGGAGGAUGAAGAUGAGGAUGCAGACGGCGAACUGGACGGCGCAGAUGCCGACGCCGACGCCGACACCAAUGUCGACGGAGCCGACGACGACGAGAAAGAAAACGCCGACAUCCUCGGCACCAGCACCACCCCUACUAAAUCUACACCCCCCCGGGCCUCAACCGCUAUCAAGAAACUCGUCGUCCACGGCGGCAACAACAACAACACCCGUACCAAUUCACCAUCAUCCACCGGCCUAGGCCUAAAUACCACUCUCAACGGCACCGGCACUGGCACUGGUCCUAGCACAGUCGCAAGCAGCAACAGCAGCAGUACGAGCAGUCGCAGCCCGAGAAAGAGGACCCGCAGCCAGGUGGCUGCUGCUGCGGCGGCGGGGACGAGGUCGUUACGGAAGGGGGUGAGGAGUUCUGCUAGGAGGAAGUAA